AUGACAAUCACCCUACGAGAUGUGGAGGUAAUUUUCGGACUUCCUAUAGACGGUGACGUCUUGGUUGGGCCGACUGCUGUGGUGGAUGAUGGGGGUUGGAGGCAAUUGUGUACGGAGUUGCUGGGUUUUAGUCCGCCGAAUGACAAUAAAACAUUGGUGGGGCAAAAAAUUCUCAUCAGCCGACUUGUUGAGGCCGUUGCAGCGCCAUUGCCUCAUGAUGCAACGGAGAUGCAGAUACACCGGUAUGCCCGGUGUUAUAUUUUAGCGCUAAUAGGAGACAAACUUUUCAUGGACAAGUCAGGAGAUAGGGUGCAUUUGAUGUUCCUAGACUUCAUGCGUAACCUUCGUGAUCCGCCACAGUAUAGUUGGGGUAGUGGUUGCCUGGCCUGGUUAUAUAGGGAGUUGUGUCGGGCAAGCGAGAAAGGGGCAUCGCAGAUUGGUGGGGCGUGCACGUUGGUCCAGUAUUGGGCAUGGGCAAGGUUGCCAUUCUUGUGCCCGAGGAUAGAGCCCCCACCUGGAUGUGAUUAUGGCCCAUGGCCAUAUGCUCCACUUGCAUCUAAGUAA